UAUAGUAUAUAUAAGAAAAGAUCCAGUAGCACAUUAACUCAAUUGUUCGGAGUGGUCAGUACUAAUCAUGAAACUGUUCAUCGUCGUCGUUUUGGCCUGCUUGGCUGCGGCCCAGGCUCGGGAGAUCAGCUACAAAUCGAUCGUGCCAAUGCGUGAAGCUCCUCGCAGUGCACGCAUCGUCAAUGGUUUCCCAGCAUCGCUUGGCCAGUUCCCGUAUCAAGUUUUCCUGACUGGUCAGACCGCUGGUGGCAACCUUGCAUGCGGUGGUUCGCUCAUCUCGGCCGAAUGGGUCCUUACCGCUGCUCACUGUCAAGUGAAUGUUAUUCAAUUCACUGUCCGUGCUGGAACGAUCAACAUUAAUGAAGGUACUGUGCGCACGUCCAACCUAAUCGUCAUCCAUCCUGCUUACAACCCGAGCAACCUCAACAACGACAUCGGUCUAAUCCGUUUGAGCGAGCCUAUGCCGCUGGGUGGUAAUAUUCAAGUCGUUGCUCUGCCUGAAGCUGAUCUGACUGAGACGUUCCUGAACCGUGAGGCUACCGUGUCUGGAUUCGGUCGUACCAGUGACUCGAUUUCCACUAUCUCCACCACGCUGAACUUCGUCCACUUGAACAUUAUCUCCAAUAUUCAGUGCAUGGGAACGUACGGAGCGGCAACCAUCAUUGACUCCACUGUGUGCGGCGUCGGUCGUGACGCGGCCAACCAAGGUACAUGCAACGGUGACUCCGGUGGCCCACUGACCGUUACCGAAAAUGGCCAAUCCCUCCAAAUCGGUGUGGUGUCUUUCGUCGCUGCCAUUGGUUGUGAAGCCGGUUUACCGUCUGGCUAUGUACGCACCACUCAUUUCCGCAACUGGAUCCGGGAGCAAACUGGCGUCUAAAUAAUGAACGCUGUAACGCACUUACAUCAAUUCACUAUUUAUGCCCGUUUAGUCGAUUCAACUAAACGUGUCACAUAAAUACUCCCUACAAGACUAUUUUUGUAAUAAACACUUUUCCGUACAUAUUUCAUAAAAGUCCUUCACAAUUUGA